AUGUCCACACAACAAAGUAGUCAACCGAGAGCCAUCCAGACCCCAUCCCUUGCUCGGGACUCUCAUGGCAAUGAUGCAGAAGGAGACCGCAGAUCGAUCUCGGAGGAGUCCGAUCUGUCGCAUUACCUCCACUACGAAGACAACGAUGGCUUUUUCCCUCCAGCCUGGCUAGGGAAGGCACCGCCUACUCAACAUGAUGUUACGAAGCAUCAUGUCCGACGAAUCCGUUCUUCCUUUUUGGGUCUUAGUCGCCACAGGGAAGGCAGGAACAGAUACUCACAUGGCACAGUUGCUAUAUCAAGGGGCGAUUACAGGGGCGCUUGUUAG